AUGGAACUUCGUAACCGUUUACUAGAAAAGGAGGAUAUGACGCUAGAUCAAGUCGAAAAGCUAGCCAGAACCUUGGAAAGUGUUAGUCAGCAGUCCAAUGCUAUAACAGGACAUUCUGUCUCUCCAUCUCAAAAUUCUUCCCUAGUUUGCCGCACUCCUCAUACAAAUUCACAAAAAAGGGGUAAGAAGGAGUCUGAUAAUUCGCAGUCUUUCGGUUCAUCCACAAGGUUUACUUGUUUUUGUUGUGGAAAUGAAGGACAUCGGUCACGUUAUCCUCAAUGCCCUGCUCGAAGUGUAAUCUGCAAGAAGUGCAAGAAGAAAGGUCACUUCGCAAAAGUUUGCAAGUCUCGUUCCCAGCUUAAUGAAUCGAAAGCAAAGGAGUCACAGCCAUCUUCAUCCUCCGUCAAAGUAGUUUGUGAUGAAAACGUUUUUUGCGUACGAAAUCUUAUUGAGCCAAAUGACGAAUUGGUUACUUGUCACUUCGGUGGAGUUCCUACUGAAACCUUCAUUGACUCUGGAACAAAGUGGACAAUGAUGUCAAAAAAAACAUGGAACAUGUUGUAUCGUAAGGGUGUUCGAUUCUUGAGUUACGUCCCAAACCCAGAUGUCAAUUUCUUCGAUGCUUCUGGUCGAGUGAAAUAUUCAGUGCUUCAAACGGUCCAUAUAGAACUGCAGAUUGGUGAAAAUAUCCAGACAGCAGAAGUAAUCGUUUUCAAAGAACAUAUCCAAACACUUCUUGGCCGUGUCGAUGCUAAGGCCCUCGGAGUUCUUCGAGUUGGUCUGAAUGCAACCAAGGACCUUUACGUUCGAGUAGUUUCGACACCAAUAAAAGAGCCCUUAUCCAAAUUGAAGGAGUUUCAGCUCCAGAUUCCAAUCGACAAAUCCGUUCCUCCAGUCAUCCAGCCCGUUCGAAGGAUACCUUUCGCAUUACGCACCCGUAUAGAAGAGCAAAUUAAUGAGUUGCUUCGAUUGUAUAUUAUUGAGCGCGUCGAAGGUGCAUCUCCUUGGGUUUCUCCCAUUGUUCCGGUUCCAAAAGGACCAAAUGAAAUUCGUCUUUGCGUUGACAUGCGUCGUGCAAAUGAAGCUGUACUACAUGAAAAACAUCCAAUUCCAGUGAUCGAUGAUAUUGCACCGUUGUUGAAGGAUGUUACUGUCUUCAGUAAGGUUGAUCUUAAGCAAGCGUAUCAUCAGAUCGAGUUAGCACCCGAAUCAAGGGAAGUUACAACUUUUGGUACACAUUUGGGGCUGUUUCGUUAUAAGCGACUAAUGUUUGAAUUAAAAUGUGCUCCCGAGAUGUUUCAACGCAUUUUAGAGAAUAUCUUAUCAGGGCUGAAAGGUGUCUUCAAUUACUUAGACGAUCUUCUCAUUUUUGGACGCACACUGGAAGAACACGAUGCUAAUCUUAAAGCAGUCCUUCAACGCUUAUAA